AUGGCGUCCUUCCUCGAAAAUGCAUACAGCUUGGUCCACCUGGACAACACUGCUGAUCAGCCCUCUCUGCAGGAGCUGAAGCUGCAGUUGGAGAAGGGUACCGAUGAGACCAAGAUGGAGACAAUGAGGCGGAUCAUCACAAUCAUGCUCAAUGGCGACCCUAUGCCCCAACUGCUCAUGCACAUCAUUCGCUUUGUCAUGCCGUCUAAAAGCAAGCCCCUCAAGAAACUCCUAUACUUCUACUAUGAGAUCUGUCCGAAACUCGACGCGAAUGGCAAGCUGAAGCAAGAGAUGAUCCUGGUCUGUAACGGUAUCCGUAACGAUCUUCAGCACCCCAACGAAUACGUCCGAGGAAACACCCUGCGAUUCUUGUGCAAGCUCCGAGAACCGGAACUCAUUGAACCCCUCCUCUCGUCCGCACGCUCCUGCUUGGAUCACCGCCACGCCUAUGUCCGCAAGAACGCCGUGUGGGCUGUCGCUUCUAUCUUCCAGCACUCGGAGUCGCUGAUCCCAGAUGCUCCGGAGCUUAUCCAGGCGUUCCUCGAUACGGAGACCGACGGCACCUGCAAGCGCAAUGCAUUCGCAGCCCUCAUGUCCAUCAGCCACCAAAAGGCCCUGGAGUACCUGGCCUCUACCUUCGACAGCAUCCCGAACACGGAUGAACUACUCCAAUUGGCUGAGCUUGAGUUCAUCAGAAAGGAUGCUGUGCAAAACACACAGAACAAGGCACGGUAUCUGCGGCUGAUUUUUGACCUUCUCGAUGCGUCAACGAGUACUGUCAUCUACGAAGCUGCCACUUCUCUUACGGCACUCACUAGCAACCCCGUCGCCGUGAAGGCCGCGGCAAGCAAGUUGAUCGAACUUUGCAUCAAAGAAGCUGACAACAAUGUCAAGCUUAUCGUCCUUGACCGAGUCGACCAGCUACGCAUCCGCAACGAGGGUGUUCUUGAUGACCUUACUAUGGAGAUUCUCCGCGUCCUCUCUUCCCCGGAUAUCGAUGUUCGUCGGAAAGCCCUUAGCAUUGCCUUGGAGAUGGUCUCGAGCAAGAAUGUCGAAGAGAUCGUCAUGCUGCUCAAGAAGGAACUGGCCAAGACUGUUGAUGAACAAUAUGAAAAGAACAGCGAAUACCGUCAAUUGCUGAUCCAGUCGAUACAUAACUGCGCCAUCAAGUUCUCAGAGAUCGCGGCUAGCGUUGUCGAUCUUCUGAUGGACUUCAUCGCUGAUUUCAACAACAACUCCGCCGUUGAUGUGAUCUCGUUUGUCAAGGAGGUCGUGGAGAAGUUCCCCGCGCUCAGAACUUCUAUUGUUGAUCGCCUGGUCUCUACAUUGAGUGAAGUCCGUGCCGGCAAAGUCUACCGGGGUGUCCUGUGGGUUGUCGGAGAAUACUCUCUGGAGGAGAGAGAUAUCCGCGAAGCCUGGAAGCGGAUCAGGGCCAGUCUCGGCGAAAUCCCCAUCCUUGCCUCGGAACAGCGACUUCUUGAUGAAGUACCUGAGGAUGCGGCGCUCAAGGAGCAGGUCAAUGGCCACUCCAAGCCGUCAGCCCCGACCGGAUCACGGAAGGUGCUGGCCGAUGGCACCUAUGCCACCGAGAGUGCUCUGACCAGCCAGUCUGCUGCGGCUGCUCGGCUUGAGGCUGUCAAGGCCGCUCAGAAGCCCCCUCUUCGUCAACUGAUCUUGGAUGGCGACUACUACCUUGCUACUGUGCUUUCGUCCACCCUUACUAAGUUGGUGAUGCGCCAUUCGGAGGUCUCCGAAGAUGUUGCUCGGACCAACGCCCUGCGUGCAGAGGCUAUGCUCAUCAUGAUCUCCAUCAUCCGUGUUGGCCAGUCGCACUUCGUCAAGGCGCCCAUUGAUGAAGACUCCGUGGAUCGCGUCAUGUGCUGUGUGCGCUCGCUUGCAGAAUUCUCUCAGAAGAAGGAAUUGGAGACUACCUUCCUGGAAGACACCCGGAAAGCCUUCCGCGCCAUGGUUCAGGUCGAAGACAAGAAGAGGGCCGCUAAGGAGGCCGUUGAGAAGGCUAAGACUGCCGUCCAGGUUGACGAUGCCAUCCCCAUCCGGCAAUUCACCAAGAAGGCAGCUCUUGAAGGUGCUGAGGAGAUUGAGCUGGAUCUGGCCAAGGCCACUGGCGGGGACUCAACUGUGGAGACGGUGUCCUCGAAGCUGAGCCGCGUUGUGCAACUCACUGGUUUCUCAGACCCCGUAUAUGCCGAGGCUUAUGUCACGGUUCACCAGUUCGAUAUCGUUCUGGAUGUGCUUCUGGUCAACCAGACCCUUGAGACCCUGCAGAACCUGAGCGUUGAGUUUGCGACUCUCGGGGAUCUCAAGGUGGUGGAGCGGCCCACGACGCACAACCUCGGACCUCGCGAUUUCUUGAAUGUGCAGGCUACAGUCAAGGUGUCGUCGACGGACACGGGUGUGAUUUUCGGUAACAUUGUGUACGACGGGGCGAGCUCGACGGAGUCGCAUGUUGUUAUCCUGAAUGACAUCCAUGCCGACAUCAUGGACUACAUCCAGCCGGCACACUGCACUGAGACGCAGUUCCGGACGAUGUGGACCGAGUUUGAGUGGGAGAACAAGGUUAACAUCAACUCCAAGGCGAAGAACCUCCGCGAGUUCCUCAAGCAGCUGAUGGAGAGCACCAACAUGGCAUGCUUGACACCUGAGGCGUCUCUCAAGGGCGACUGUCGGUUCCUGAGUGCCAAUCUAUAUGCCCGGAGCGUAUUUGGUGAGGAUGCCCUUGCGAACUUGAGCAUCGAGAAGGAAGGAGAGGACGGGCCGAUUACCGGCUUUGUACGGAUAAGAAGCCGUUCUCAGGGUCUGGCCUUGAGCCUGGGGUCUUUGAAGGGCCUCAAGGCGUCUACAGCAUGA